AUGGCGCCCCCGAGGCCCAAUUCGCCGGCAACUGGCAACGGUUUCCUGGCUUCCGUGAUGCGAUUCUGGAAUGCAAGUCACUUACAGAGAACGUAUGCCUCUGAUUACAUCGGCCUCGCCAUUCUCCUCUCCAGCUACAUCCUCAUUCAAUUCUUCGUCGAACCUUUCCACCGCAUGUUCUCGCUCAACGACUUGCGCAUCUCGUUCCCCUACGCCGAGGUCGAAAGAGUUCCCCUAACCCACGACUUCAUAUACGCCCUCUUCCUCCCCCUCAUCCUCAUUUGCCUCUCCAACCUCCUCUCCUCGGCCUCCUCCCACAAACACCACGUCACCGUCCUCGGCCUCACCAUCUCCCUCAUCCUCACCUCCCUCCUAACCGACAUCAUCAAAAACGCUGUCGGCCGCCCCCGUCCCGACCUCCUCGCCCGAUGCGCCCCCCUCCCCGACACCCCCCUCGACAAGCUGGUAGACAUAUCCGUCUGCACCGAAACAGGCCACCACAAGCUCCACGACGGCUGGCGGUCCUUCCCCUCGGGCCACUCUUCCUUCUCCUUCGCCGGGCUGGGCUACCUCUCCCUCUUUCUGGCCGGCCAAACCCGAAUCUUUGCCCACGGUCCAGGGUCGAUAGCGGAGCACACGGAAAAGGUGGUGAGGGGCGACCUCCUCAAGGCGCUGUUUUGUCUGGCGCCGCUGGUGGGCGCAACCAUGAUUGCUAUCUCGAGGUGUCAGGACUACAGGCAUGAUGUCUAUGAUGUGACGAUUGGCGGGUUGCUGGGCUGGACGGUGGCAUACUGGAGUUACAGACGGUACUGGCCUAGGUUGAGCAGCGCCAAGUGCGAUGAGCCCUAUGCCGGCCCGCCGGGGGCGGCAGAGGAUGGACCGGGGUAUGGGAGGUUGAGAGAUGAGGAGGAGGGUGCUGGUGGCAGGAAUGUAGGCUACGAGUUGAGACAGCUGAACAGCAGGUGA